CUGGGACGCGCACCUAUUUAUCGAAGAAGACAGCACUUCAUUCACCCUUUACCUUCUCUGUCUCACUCUCACCACCCAACAAAACCCUAAUAACAUUCACACUCUCUGUCUCUCUCUCUCUCUAUCUCCUCCAUGGGUGAGCAAACUCAAAUUCAAACCCAGACCCAACCUCAAUCUCAGUCUCACCAUGAAUCCACUUCUCAAUCGCAAUCUCAAUCUCAAUCAACCCCUGAAACAAAUCCCCCAAAUGAUCUUUCCCACAACAACCCCUCAAUUUCCUCCAAAAUUCCUGUUCGACCCCACAAACUCCGGAAACUCUCCUCCUCCUCCUCCGCCGACGACAAAUCCCCCCCAAUCGCUGCCACUGCCGCCAACUCAUCUCAAGCUCUCACAGUUUUCAAAGACUCAACCACCGUCGCCACCACCACCACCACCACCAACAAGAACAAGAGGAGAAAUUCAUCGCAAUCGGCUAGGGUUUUACCGAUCAUCAUAAAACCCUUAUCGGCCUCCGGCGAAAUCGACCUCGCCCUCCGCCAUCUCCGCGCUGCCGAUCCACUCCUCGUUGACCUAAUCAACUCUCUCCCGUCUCCCACAUUCGAUUCUCACCACCCUCCAUUCCUUGCCCUAACCAAAAGCAUUCUCUACCAACAACUCGCCUUCAAGGCCGGCACUUCAAUCUACACUCGCUUCGUCGAGCUCUGCGGCGGCGAAAACCUCGUCCGCCCUGACUCCGUCCUCGCCCUCUCCACCCAACAGCUCCGUCAAAUCGGUGUCUCCGGUCGAAAAGCCAUUUACCUUUUCGACCUAGCUAACAAGUACAAGACUGGGAUUUUAUCUGAUAAUUCGAUCGUGGGUAUGGAUGAUAAGUCUUUGUUUACUAUGCUUUCAAUGGUGAAAGGAAUUGGGUCUUGGUCUGUGCACAUGUUCAUGAUUUUUUCGCUGCACAGACCCGAUGUCUUGCCCGUGAGUGAUAUCAGUGUGAGGAAAGGUGUGCAGAUGCUGUAUAGCCUUGAUGAGUUGCCCAGGCCGUCGCAAAUGGAACAGCUUUGCGAGAAAUGGAAGCCUUAUCGGUCCGUGGGUUCGUGGUAUAUGUGGAGAUUAGUUGAAGGAAAGGGGACUCCACAAGCCGGUGCUGCGAUCGCUUUGGAGGGUGUUUUGCCAUUGCAGCAGCAAAUGGGGCUCCAAGAAGAGACACAACAACAACAACAACAACAACAGCAACAGCAUCAAUUGCAACUUUUGGAACCUAUCAAUGGCGCUCCGAGCUUCGGGGCUUGCAUUUGGGGACGAUGACUUGGGAGUGAAGAAUGAUUUUAUAUAAAAGAAUGUUUUUAUAUACUUCAUCAUUGGAGUUUCUUAUCGUGCUUCCAUACCUUUGAUGAUCUGAAGAGGCCAACAAUCCAAUACAAGGAAGGAGAAGUUCAUAACUCUUGCUGCACAGAGAGCUUGUACAUCUAAGAAGCCUGGCUUUUAUAGUAUAAUUUGCUUUCAAAUGUUCAAUAAUGAGAAUUUGUGGACACGUUAUCUUUAGGGUCACAAAAAGAAAGGACUCCUGUUUGAAUAAGAGCCCGCCCUUCUCCACCCAACGCUUGCUGUUGAUAUGUUUGGUAAAGCUAAGCGGUAUGAAGUGGCAAUACAGAGGCUUAUAAUCUAGUUGUUUCACAGUUAUUUUUGACUAUUUGAGAAUUGAAAUCGAGUAAUAUUGCAUGUUUUUGAUAUCAGCUGAAUUUCAGUAAUCUGUAAGAGAACUUACCUCGCCUGUCUUUGGCGCUUAAUCUAUUGGGUGAUCCAACAUAUGUAUGUUA